UUUGGAGCAACCCAAGCUUGACUGUAUCCCAUUGAGGCCAAAGCAUAUGGGGGGAAUUCGUAGUCUACGGGUGACCGACAGUGACGGCGGCCUUUUUUUUUUCUUUGGUGUGGUCCAAACGCCUUGGUGUUGUUCUCACCUUCCAGAGCAAGUUUUAUUCCUAGGAAACAAGGGGAAAAGCACGUGUGUAAGUGCGUUGUCUCCGGACACGAACCUGGACGCGAGCUCGGCGUCAUUUACGGACGAUUUCCUGGCAGCACACCACGAGCAACAACCUGACUGGGUCGUGACGAGGCCCCCGUACAAUGGUGCGCUGGCCUUUGUCAAGGCGGCGUUGCCGGUGGCGAAGAAAGGCGUCGCGCUGAAAUUGCCGCUGUCGUUUCUGGAACCCUGUGCCGACCGAGCAGGUUGGCUUCAGGCGAACCCCCCGGCUCUAUGCAUGAUGAUGAGCAGGGCCCGGUACCAACCCGCCCACGUAAGGGUGGGCGAAUUUUGGGGUGUGUGGUACCCUCCUGGUAGUGGAUAUAGUAGUAGUGAUAGCACGAAGCUUUUAUUUGUUCCUAGUUAG